GAGAGUUGCAGCUCCAUCACAGUUCUCGUGCUUAAGUUGCAGCAAUAAGAGAGAGACUUAUAAAGAAAAUAUCUUUUCAUUUAUACUAAGUCUAAGAGAAAGCGGAAUGAAGGCUUCUUUUGGCGCAGUAGUUAUUUUAUCAGCAGCAAUGAUCCUGCUCCAGCUGAGCAAUGUGGCAAAGGCUGAGACGGAGCUAGAGAUAAACAUAAACGACACCAAUUCGAGCCUUCUUGAAGGAGACAUCAAGCUCCUGCCUGGACAAGAGGUACUCCUUGAGCACAGCAGAGACGCAAUCUCUGAUAAACGCAUCCUUGGAGUGGCUAAUCUAGUCGUCAACCAUUCAUACUACCUCUGGCCCCAGGGCAGAGUCCCUUAUAUAAUUGACAGCUCCCUUGCAGGUGACUCGAAUGCUGUGAAUCGCAUCAAUGAAGCUAUCUGGGAGUAUGGAAACAAGUCCUGCAUUCGCAUUAUACCAAGGACCAACGAAGCUGACUAUGUCAUAUUCAAAAAACUUGAUGGCUGCUGGUCUUACAUUGGGCGUAUACACGGGCCACAGGAGAUAUCAAUUGGCCAAAACUGUGCUCACAAAGGUAUCAUUAUACACGAGCUGUUCCAUGCUCUCGGCCGCUGGCACGAACAAAGCAGACCUGACAGGGACCAAUACGUUAACAUUCACACGGAAAAUAUCAGAGCUGGGACCGAGAGCAACUUUGAGAAAGUUGAUGUCUCCUUCAUCAUAACGCUCCAAGGGAUCCCUUACGAUUAUAGAUCCAUCAUGCACUACAGCUCUUAUGCUUUUACGAAAAACGGACAGCGUACCAUCACAUCCAAGGACCCCAAUGUACCCAGUAGUGAUCUAGGCCAGAGAAAUGGGUUGACAGAUAGCGACGUUCGUCAUGUCAACACGCAGUACAAGUGUUCUGGUACUGGAGGCUCAUGGGGACCAUGGGGCAGCUGGUCGACCUGCACAAGGACCUGUAAUACUGGCACACAGACAAGGACUAGGACCUGUAAUGGCGGCGACGAUUGCGAGGGAGAUAGCACUGAAACAAGGAAUUGUAGUACCCAGUCUUGUCCAGUUGUUGCUACAUGGUCUGAUUGGAAUGCCUGGAGUGGUUGCUCUGCCACAUGUGGUGGGGGUAGACAGUCAAGGACCCGUACCUGUCAGAAUGGUAACAGUUGCUCCGGAUCCAACAUUGAGUACAGGGACUGUAAUACACAGAGCUGCCCUGGACCUGUUACAUGGGGUGAGUGGGGUAGCUGGGGUACCUGUAGCUCUACCUGUCGUGGUGGCAUUAGAUCAAGGACCAGGCGCUGUCUGAAUGGUGACUCUUGUCAAGGAGUUAAUGUACAGUACGGGGCAUGUAACACAGACACACCUUGUGAACCUGAUCCUAAUAGCGGUGCUUGGGGCGAAUGGACAUCUUGUUCAGCUAGUUGUGGAACUGGCCAAAGAACCAGAUCAAGGAAUUGCGGUCACUCUGAUACGAGCAAGUGUCAAACUGAAACCGAAGAUUGUAAUAGGCAAGACUGUCCCAAUCCACUAAGAGGUUUAAAAAGUUUGGGUUGCUACUCAGUCCCAGCUGUGACGACAGAAUUGAAACUAUUGGAAAACCUCACCCCAGACCUCUCUGACAGUGCCAUCACUCGCGAAAAAGCAGUUGAGAAAUGCGGUAUGGGUGCCCUCCAGUACCACUACAAAGCCUUCAGUGUCACACUCGGAUUUUGCAUUUCCGGCUCUAAUAGGACGGAAGCCUACACUCAGUUCGAAGGAUACUUCUGUAGAGAUGGGAAAGGCGGAAAUUUUGAUCAAUUCUUGUUCAUGGACGUUUACGAAAUAGAACAGCCCCAGGCAUAUUCAGACGCUCUCCAAGAAGUCCUUUACUCAUCCACAAUAGUGAGGCCUUCGUCCACUGUAUCUACGCAUACCGCCACUUACAAUGUUGAGGCUACCAAUAAGCCUCCAGAAUCAUUCCCAAGCUCAUCAUUUAUUGCAGUUCCCAGCAUCGUGUCUCUCUGCGUGGCUUUGCUGGCUGUACUUGCAAUUGUUUUCUUUUAAAGCUAAUGCAUAAACAGUUUAACUUUCAUCUCUGCUGUAGCUUCCAUUACUGCUGUUGACUUUUAUUUAUUACGUAAUGUAUAUAUAUAUGAUCAUGUUGUUCUUGUGUUUGCCUUAUUUAUUUAUUGCCAUUAUUGUCGAUGUUGUUAUUACAUUUUAGUGGA